GGAUGGCGUACCGCUGACACCCCUUGCCGGUGAAACUGGAGACCAAUUCAUCGUCGGUGGUAGCCGUAGCGACAUCUUGGUGGUAAGAGAGGCCAGGUUAGACGACCCCAGCACAUACUCCUGUGAAGCUCUCCAUUCUCUCACGGGGGAGAAGAGGCGAAGUCCACCAGCUAUGCUUUCGGUGUCACAUUCCACUGGGAGUAUGGCACCUCGAAUGCUGGCUGUAUCAGACGAUGAGAUCGUACCACAAGGCGGUGAUGUGCGCCUGGUUUGCUGCGCAAUCGGUAGCCCUACUCCAACCUACAGCUGGUUCCGCCACAGCAAUGGCCGACUGAGUCCCAUAUCCAACAGCAUCAGAAUCUCAGUGUCGGAUCAGGUUCUGGUCAUCAGACGCGCGCAGGCGUCCGACAGUGGCGUAUGGACCUGCCGAGCUCACAACCAGUACGGGGAACAAAGAAGAGACGCCAGACUCAGGGUCCGGUCUAGACUAGUGGUCACUGUCCAGCCACAACUGCAAAUCGCAAACUCCGGCAGUUCGGUGUCGUUCAACUGUUCAGUGGAAGGCGGUGACGCUAGAGUGCGUUGGUUGCAUGACGGGGUGCCGGUGGGAGGCGGAGAGAAGGUCCUGAGGGUCCACGGGGUGGUGCGGGCGCACCGCGGAAUGUACCAGUGCUUCGCCGAGAGGGACAUGGAUAGCGCGCAGGCUGCCGCUGAGCUGCGUUUAGGAGAUACAGCUCCAGAACUUCAUUACACGUUCAUAGAGCAGGCGUUACACCCAGGGCCGACUUUGGCCUUACACUGUGCCGCCUCUGGCUCCCCCCCUCCAAGGUUCACCUGGCUUCUGGACGGCCAGGCUGUGGAGGAAUUGAAUACACCUCAGAGAACUGUGACGCAGUUUAUGAACCCGAACGGCGACGUGGUGAGCUACCUUAACAUCACGUCUGUGAAGCCGGAGGACGGCGGCCGGUACACAUGUCGCGCUCACAAUUCGCGCGGGGCCGUCGAGCACUCCACGCGGCUCAACGUUUAUGGUCCUCCGUCCAUCAGGAACGUGGGCCCGAUCCGCGUGGUCGCCGGUAUCAACGCGACCAUCUAUUGCCCGUACGCCGGAUUUCCAAUCAGUGAGAUCCGUUGGCAGCGUGGAGGGCUGGACCUCGGCUCAUCGGGUGGACGAGCGUUGUCAGGUCUCAGCGGCGAGCUGCUGCUGUGGCCGGCUGAACCUGCAGACGCCGGCGUUUACUCCUGUAGAGUCACGGCUCCGUCUGGACAGUACGCACAGAAGGACAUACAAAUAUUCGUGAGAAAUCCACCAAAAAUAGCUGGGUUUUCCUUUCCAACUGACUUGGUGGAAGGCAGUUCUGUCCAAGUCCUUUGUGGUAUCACGUCAGGAGACAAACCAGUUUAUUUUUCUUGGCUGAAAGAUGGACAGCACAUUCCAUCAAAUUUACAGGUACAAGAGAAAUCGCUGGAUGAGUUUAGUUUUUUGAUCUUCUCCCAUGUGACAUCUAAGCAUAGUGGCGAAUAUACCUGUGUCGCUAGUAAUUCUGCGGCAGAAGUAAACCACACAGCAAGACUUGCUGUUAAAGUUGCACCAUCAUGGGUGUACGAACCUCAAGAUGUGUCAGCAUUACUAGGAACUCAAAUUUUAGCCCAUUGCGCCACCAAAGGAUAUCCUGAACCGAGAAUUUCUUGGCUAAAAGGACAUGGAUCAGGAGUAGAUUUUCGUCCAGUCUCGAACCUCGAUCUCCAGUUUUCGGUAUUGGCUAAUGGCUCGCUGAGCAUAGCUCCCGCAGCGCACCACCACGAAGGGCAGUACAUGUGCCGUGCUGAGAAUGGGAUAGGCCGCGGCCUGUCGAAAGUCAUCACUAUAUCAGUUAACGAACCAGCCCAUUUUGAGUUCUCAUCUCGCAACAUGACAGUGAAGAGGACCGCGCAGGCGACGUUGCAGUGCGACGCGCGCGGCGAUCCCCCCAUACAACUGCAGUGGACGCACAAUAUGAAGAGGGUAGACCUUACUACUUAUAGGGUGUCGGUAUCAGAGAAGCGGUCAGACAGCGGAGUCAGCUCUCAGUUGAACAUCGCGCACGCAGAACGCCACGACUCGGGCGUUUAUCGGUGUCGUGCAGAAAACUCCUAUGGACGGGACGAGUUGCUGAUCUAUCUGGCUGUUCAAGAAUUUCCGGAAGCACCUCGCGGCUUACAGGUGGUGGAGCGGGAGGCACGCGGCGCGGUGGUGCAGUGGCGGCGCGGGUACGACGGCAACGCGCGCGUGCGAUCCUACCGCCUGCAGUACCGCGCGGUGGGCGCCGCCCCCCCCCCGCCCGACCACUGGAGCGACGCGCCCGCACGCCUAGUGCCCGCCGCCAGCCUGCUGCAGAGACAGGAAUCCUCUGAGCCCGAUUCGGAAGUGAUCCUGGAGUACCGGCUGGAGGGUUUGCGUCCCGCCACCGCAUACGCGCUGCGCCUGGCCGCCGUCAACGCCAUUGGCGACAGCGACUACUCCGAGUCCGUCAUCCUGCAGACUUUGGAAGAAGCACCAUCGGAGCCUCCUCACAAUGUUCAAGUUCAAGCAACUGCACCAGGAGAACUUCUAAUCAAAUGGCAGGCGCCACCUCAAGAGUCUUGGAACGGUGAACUGCUUGGUUAUGUGGUGACUUGGCGAGAGGCCGGUUCCACUGAGCCGGAAAACGCAACUCAGGCAAUCACAGCCUCUGGAUGGAGUGCUACGCAGGUCCAAUUGGCCUCGCUGAGAGCGCACGCUCACUACGAGGUGCGAGUGCGCGCCUUCAACGCGGUCGGCGCCGGCCCCUCCGCCGCCCCGCUCACCGCCACCACGCUCGAAGGAGCCCCUGAAGCCCCACCGGAGCGCGUGCGCUGCGAGGCGAUGUCCGCGCAGUCGCUGCGCGUGUGGUGGGAGCCGCCGCCCGGCGCCGCGCGCGGGGGCGUGCUGCUGGGAUACGAGCUGAUCUAUGAGGUAGUGAACGACCCAGAUAGUCCGGUCGAAACACGUCGCGCGGGCGGCACGCAGACCGUAUUGCAGUCACUGCAGCGCGCCGCCAACUACUCCAUCAGCCUGCGCGCGCGCACCGCCGCCGGGCCCGGCCCCGCCUCGCCGGCCGCGUACUGCGCCACGCAUGAAGACAGUACGUAUAAUGCGAUUCAAAUAAGAAUAGGAAAGCCAAUGACCUCUAUCUGUCAAAUGUCGCUUGAAAAGUACGGUUUGCAAAAAAAACUUGGAAUCCUUUUUAGCAUUCAAGAAUAA